UUUCAUCAUCAGACGAAAGUGGAUUCAUAAAUUUUCAUUGUAAAACACUCCCAUUGAUUAAUAAUAAUAAAUUGUAUAAUUGCAGUUUCAGUGCCGUUGCAUCUCGUCGUCUUGGAGGAUGCGGAGUUAAAAUCGAACGUACCCCGUGGUUAACCGGGAAGCGGAAGUUUGGAAACAGGAAAAGAAAAUUAAUGAAGAAAGAAAAAAACCCGAAAAGUUUGGAUUUUCAAGGAAAAUGAGUAGAAUUUAUGACAACAAGUCUUUACAGAACAAACCGGUACACAAUGAGAAGCUGGACUGGGUGUGGUCGCCGUCUGCCUAUGAAAGCGGGCCUGGUGUUCUUCUGGAGGGAACGCUGCUGGAUGUUUCCAGACACUCGAUCAGUGAUGCCAGCGGUCAGAAGUUUCGUUUCUACGUGCUGUACAUCAAACCUGGACGCAUUAGCCAGAGGAAGUUCGAUGCCAGCGGGAAGGAGGUGGAGCCAAAUUUCAGUGACACCAAGAAGGUCAACACCGGCUUCCUCAUGUCCUCCUACAAGGUGGAGGCCAAAGGCGAGUCGGACAUUCUGAGUGAGAGUCAGCUCUCAGCCAUGGUGAACAAACCCGAGCUGAUCAAGAUAACCCACAAGCACGGACCCGCCGGGACCUGGGCCUUCUGGUACCCAGAGUCAGAGAUGGACAAAACGGAGCUGCAGACGGGGCAGGAGGUCCGGCUGAAGACCAGAGGGAACGGCCCCUUCAUAUUCUCUCUGGCCAAAGUGGAUGGUGGAACGGUAACAAAGUGCAACUUUGCCGGAGAUGAGAGGGCUGGAGCGUCAUGGACUGACAAGGUCAUGGCCAACAAGGCAAACGUCGGCAGCUCUCAGAAACCCCAGACCGGAGGAGGAGAAGGAGCAGAGGAGGACGAAUGGGAUGACUGAGGAGACCACGUCUGUCCUCAGGUGGACCAUAAACUUUUCUCCGUCAGUCCCGUCCGGGCUGUAAUCCAAAAGACAACCUGAGGUCUGCCUGCAUUUUCAAACCAACCGUUUCCAAGACAUUCCAGUCUGAUGGGGGCGCUCUCUGUCACAACAGUAAAUGCUUAUCACAGUAAUGCUGCUCUUUCUGUGCUGGGACUGUACCAAACUGAUUAGAAAAUGAUCACCAUAUCAAAAAUAAAGGUUCUCAUUUCUAGAUGUACGUUUUCGUCGUGAGGUGUACUUCACAUGCUCAGUUGGAUUUAACUUGCUAGACCAAAGUUUGAAAGGAGUUUCUUCCUGAAUAAUUGUGAUGAUAUUGUAAAAAUGUUCUGUAGUUACCCUUGUGCUAUCCUAGGCACUUUAACAAUGGGAGUUGGGUCAUCUAGACCCACUAGACAGUGCCCUGAACCUUUUUUCUUCACUGAUUUGUGAUCUUCACUGGUGUCCAUAGAUUACAUGAAAUCUUUCCACCUUCAUCCACCUUUGUCAUGGUAGGGAGAACACGUCAAUGGAAGGGGGGGGGGGUCAUCUAAGAUAGCACAAGGGUUAAAGUGCCUAUGACAGCAAAAGGGUUACAUGAAAAAAUGUUCACAAUAUUUUGGUUGAGCAUGUAUGGUUACUCUUAUUCUGUAUUUAACAUGUUGGUGGUUUAGACCUUUUAUAAAAUACCUUGUGUUGCACAUGUAUUAUUUUAUACAAAUAAACUUUUCUUUCUGUCCAAAUAAAGUAAUACUUUUCUAA